AGGCGUGUUGUAAAAUGUAGGUAACAACCAUUGUACAGUACGAUUACUAACCUGCAGUAAAAAGCUUCGCAGAAACAAUACUACAAAGUGGUCGCGCCAUCUUACUGUACAUUAAUUUAUUUAAAUUGCGCCAUUAGGUUCACCCUGUUACCUCAGAUGCGAGUUUUUGGAAAGGGGAGGCAGCUGUUUCAGGAAAGCCUAUUCCCUCCUACUCUGCCUAAAAAUGAACAAAUGCGAUAUUCAUCUCCUGUAGCUUGCAGCCAUAGAAACUCCCUCAGGGAACUUUUAGGCCAGAGUAUUUUUUUUUUUUUUUUAUGCUGUGGACCGGACUACAAUCUCCUUUCAACAACAGUGUCUUCAAGUUGAAAUCCUACCUAGCUGCCUGAUCUACAGACAAUGACGAGGAAUAUAAUUUGCUGCUUUUUCGCACUGCUGCUUUCUGCGCGGAUCUAUGCACAGCACCAACAGCGAAGACCUGUUUUUACAUGCGGAGGAAAUCUAACUGGAGAAUCCGGAUUUAUUGGUAGCGAAGGAUUCCCCGGAGUGUAUCCUCCAAAUACAAAAUGUGUUUGGAAAAUCACGGUUCCUGAAGGGAAAGUUGUUGUCCUGUCCUUCCGGUUCAUUGACCUGGAAAGUGAUAGCCUAUGUCGAUAUGACUAUGUGGAUAUCUACAAUGGACAUGCCAACGGACAGCGGCUUGGCAGGUUCUGUGGGACUUUCAGACCAGGGGCACUUGUUUCCAAUAGUAACAAGAUGUUGGUUCAGAUGGUCUCUGAUGCCAACACGGCGGGUAAUGGAUUCUUUGCCAUGUAUUCUGCCGCUGAGCCCAAUGAAAGAGAGGAUCAGUACUGUGGAGGUCGUUUAGAUAAACCUGCUGGCUCUUUUAAAACUCCAAACUGGCCAGAUACAGAUUACCCUGCAGGAGUCACCUGUUCAUGGCACAUAGUGGCACCAAAAAAUCAAAUUAUUGAAGUGAAGUUUGAGAAGUUUGAUGUGGAGAGAGAUAACUACUGCCGCUAUGACUAUGUUGCUGUUUUCAACGGGGCUGAAAUCAACGAUGCCAGAAGAAUAGGAAAGUACUGUGGAGACAGUCCCCCAGCACCAAUUUUUUCUGAAGGAAAUGAGCUUGUUAUCCAGUUUCUGUCAGAUUUGAGUUUGACUGCUGAUGGCUUCAUCGGUUACUACAAAUUUAGGCCCAAAAAGUACCUCACAACUACAGUGUCUCCCAUCACAACAACCACACAAGCAACGACAGGAGCAACAACUUUAAAAUACACAGCAGCCCUGUGCCAGCAAAAAUGCAAAAGGAGUGGGACCCUUGAGAGCAAUUACUGUUCGAGUAACUUUGUGAUAACCGGCACAGUCAUAACUGCAGUGUCACGUGGAGGCAGCAUGUACGUCACCAUCUCCAUCAUUAAUGUCUACAAGGAGGGGAGUCUGGCCAUCCAACAGGCUGGAAAGAACAUGAGCGCUAAGAUUGUGGUACUGUGUAAGAAGUGCCCUUUUAUCAGACGAGGCUUAAACUACCUCUUUAUGGGUCAGGCCGACGAAGAGGGACGUGGUAAAAUCGCACCCAACAACUUCGUCAUGGCAUUCAAAAGCAAAAACCAGAAGAACUUGAACACCCUGAAGAACAAGCAGUGCUAAUUCUGUGAACUACCCCACACCACACAAAGCUCAGCCAAUCCAUCUUCACUACCAAGCAACCCUUCACCUCCAAGCUGGAUUUCAGCAUGCACACACAACCAUCCCACCCGGGAGCAAAACUGCUGUCUGUUGAAGCGUAAUUGUACCAAACAAAGUUGACUCAGCUGCUCUGAAUCUGUUGCUUUAUUUCACAGAAUUGAUUACGAUGGAACUGGUGAAAUGUAUGUGUAUCAUGUGUGGUGAUGCAUAAGAAAGUGUAAAGUGCAUAAGAUAAUAUUUCAUUUGAAACACUUUCUCUAAUAAGUAGGGUAUUUUAUUACCUGUUUUGUAAAGUCAGCAUAUUUAAUGCCUAGUGUAUUUUAUCUCUUGCUCAAUAAAAUUUGAUAGUGAACAACAUGAGAGAAACCAAUAAACCUUCAUGAUGCCUGAUGUAUCACUUUAGAGGGUCUUUUGUAUACUGUCAAAGUAUGAAGUUGAUGGAUGAAAAAU